UUUGUUGCUUCAGGACUACCAUAUUGUGACCACUGCAAUCAGACUGCUUCAGAGGAGCCCAGACAGAAAAUGGAAGUGUCCAGGGUGAGACCAGUCGCCUAAGUGGGGCGGGAGUGGGCUGAGCCGCCCUCCUGCAGCGCCGCGCAUGCUCCGUGUCCCCCCUUUGCGCCCCGUUCCCACGCCGCCGUCGUCACCCCCGCCCCAGGCACGCCUGCUUGCGCGCCCUGCUCCUCCUCCGCAGCAGAGGACCUGGCCGAGGGUCGGCCACGCAGGACGAACCUCCUGAACAAGGUGAGACCGACAGCCAUCUGAAAGCUCAGAACCUCUCCAGGAUACCUCCCUGGAGAGCUUCUUGGAGGCAGCAUCCUUGGCUUCGGGUUUUUACCUGAUCUAGGGGUGCGGAGAGAAAGCCAAAGCUGCCUAGCGUGCAGACCUGGGGCUGACACGACAGCAUUGCACAGCUGAUCUGCCCAGCCUUUCAGCUGUGCUUCGGUUGGAGCUCUGACUAUGGCGGCCAUUCUUCUGAGGGCAAAGCCCAAGGUGACAGUAUCUUUUGAGGAUGUGUCUGUGUACUUUACAAAGACAGAAUGGAAACUUCUGGAUCUCAAACAGAGGAACCUCUACAAGCAGGUGAUGCUGGAAAACUACAGUCAUUUGGUGUCAGUGGGAUUUGCUUUCUCCAAGCCUAACCUGGUAUCCCAGCUGGAGAAAGGGGAGAAGCCCUGGAUUAGGGAUGGUGGAAUGGAGAGUGCGGCAGGAUCCUGUACCGGUGAGCAAGGAAAUAGGAUAAAGAGCAAGACUCUGACUCCAAAACCGAAACUUUUUGGAAGAGGUCUCCUCAGAGACACCUCGGGAUCCUCACUGCAGAGACGUCCUCAUGAUUUCAGGCCAAAUCCCAUUGUAAGGUACCAACACUCCAGAAUCGCGGAUAAGCGGUAUCUAUGUCAGCAGUGCGGAAAAUCCUUCAGCCGCAGCUCCAAUCUCAUCAAACACCGGAUCAUCCAUAGCGGUGAGAAACCGUAUGAAUGCAGCGAGUGUGGGAAGCUGUUCAGGCGCAGCUUGGCGCUGCUGGAACAUCAGCGCAUCCACAGCGGCGACAAGCCUUAUGAAUGUGGUGAGUGUGGCAAAACCUUCACGCGCAGCUCCAACCUUGUCAAGCACCAGAUCAUCCACAGCAGUGAGAUGCCGUUCAUGUGCCGCGUGUGCGGCAAGGUGUUCCGGCGCAGCUUCGCGCUGCUUGAGCAUGCGCGCAUCCACAGCGGCGAGCGGCCCUACGAGUGCUCUGAGUGCGGCAAGGCAUUCAGCAGAAGCUCCAACCUCAUAGAGCAUCAGCGCACCCACAGCGGCCGGAAGCCCUACAUCUGCCAGGAGUGCGGGAAGGCCUUCAAGGGCAUCUCGCAGCUCAUCCACCACCAGCGCAGUCACCGUGGUGACCGGCCCUUUGCGUGCGGCGAGUGCGGCAAGGCCUUCCGAGGCCACUCAGGGCUCAGCCAACACCAGCGGGUCCAUAGCGGCGAGAAGCCCUAUGAGUGCAGCGAAUGCGGCCGGGCCUUUGGUCGCCGGGCCAACCUUUUCAAGCACCAGGUGGUGCAUGGAGGGGUGCGGCUCCAGCGCCGCACCCGAGGGAAGGGUUUCCGGCGCGGCUGCAUGCUCCUGGAGCGGGGUCUCCAUGGGCAGAGGCCCCAGGAGGCUGGAGAAGGUAGCUCGGCUGAGCCUCAGCCCAUCAACACCAAUGAGAAGCCCCAAGUGUGUGAGCGCUGCGGCCAGGUCUUUGAGAACAAGUUGCUGUUGUGCCGCCACUUGCGCAUCCAUGACGACGAAGAUGACAAGAAACAGAAGCCUGUUACUUCGAGCACCUCAGCUUUGGAGGAUAAGUCAAUACUCAGCCAACAUCUGGAAGCCCAGCCCACAGAGGAAAGCGACAGUGAAGGCAGUGUAGUUUUCCUGUAUGCUGAGAUGCCCCAGGGACCAUCCUCACCUUGAGGCCAGAAACUGGGCAGCAGCUCAGAAUGGCAGGAUGGCCUCUUCCCCAGUGUGAAACAGAGAAGCAAUUCAAAAUGACAGUGCCCCACCCCGCUCCAGUGUAGUGUGACCUGCUCCUUCCCUGAGGGGUCAAAAAGGAAAGCUCCCUCCCUAGUCCUUGAUGAUACAAUUGAUGCCUAGAGAUUGUACAGGAAGGCUCCUCAAGGGGCCUAGGCAGGGUUCUCCUGUGUGUGUGUGUGUGUGUGUGUGUGUGUGUGUGUGUGUGUGUGUGUGAGAGAGAGAGAGAGAGAGAGAGAGAGAGAGAGAGAGAGAGAGAGAGAGAAAGAGAGAGAGAGAGAGAGAAUAUGCUUGGGUAUGUGAAAGCCUGUGUGAGUGGUGGGGGUCCAAGUGAGCAGAUUUGUAUUCUACAGAGUUGCUUUAUUGCCUGGUGUGUUUAGGAGGGAAGCAGAUAUAUCCAGGCAAUUCUUGGCACAGUUACCUUGAAGUUUACAGACAGAUAACCCCAUGACCUUUCCCCUGUUUAAUGUGCGGUGGUUCCUUCUCCUUAAGUGUUGUGCUUCUAGGGAAAAUAUACUAAAGGCACUUUAUUCCAUUAAAAGUUUAUAAAUUGAAGGGGCUCUAAGGUUGACUUGAUGCUUUACAGGAAAGCACAGGGUACCUGCUGUCCUGGGGCACGGGCUGGGCUAUGUGUGAAAACUUGGACCCUAUGUAUAUGCCUCUUGAUGUUGUUUGGAGGGUCUGUACCAAACCUGUUAUCUUGCAGAAAGGUUAAAGCCCACAGACCUGAGGGUCUCCAUUUUGGGAACAGUGUUCCUUUCCUCUAGUGCCUCAUAGGUCUAGAUAAGACAUGGCUUCUUUGUGCCACUCCUACCCACUGACUGUCCCAAUAACUAAAGUUUCUCUGCUAAUCCCUUUCACAGAACUCAUUGUGUGCUGAUGACUGGUUAGGAAUUUGCACUUAAAUGACCCCUGAAAUGAGUCUGCCCACAUAAUUAUCUUUCAGAUGACAUUUCUUAGAAUAUUAAAGUUGCCAUUAUCUUAUAUGCUUUGUUUGCGGGUAACAGUUGGAAAAUGGACAUCUUUGUUAUAUGAGAGUGUUGGGGAAUUGAUCUUUUAUAAAAAUCCCUCAGGCAAAGGGUGUAACUCAGAGGCGGAGUAUAUGCCUAGCAGACCACAGGUCCUGUGUUCCAUCCUCCCCCACCCCAGCUCAGACAGGACAAAGUGCCUUCCCAGCCCAUAACUGGUGAGUAUGGUGGCAAGUUGGCCUUCCAAGUGAUGAUAUGACACCCCUCCCCCCCCCACGCACACACACACUUCUCUUAAGCCUGGUUGACUUUUCUUAGAACUAAGGGGAAGGUGUUUCAUAAGAAAACCUAUAGCAGUUCUAUUCUGCCUGUGCUAUCUCCAGAAGCCCAGGAGAUCUGUCCUUGGUGUACUCAGCCCAGCAUCCUGGGUAUCAAGCUACUUUCCAGUCCUCUCAUGUCCAAGGGGUAAGAUUUUGUCACAAAAGCUGCCUGAGGACAGGUGGGUAGUACAGAUAAAAUGGAGGCUGCCCUUGGGCACUCCAAGGAAGAAUGAUGGCACCUUCCCUGCUAGAUUAGUGAGGUUCAAAGACAACUGCCUCCUACCAAGAGAGUAUGAGAAGACCUGGAGACCUGGGAUGCUGGCUGGGGCCCUGGUCACAGAAUAACUUCAGAUAUUCUUAAACACACACACACACACACACACACACACACACACACACACUCACACACACACUUUAUGUAUAUAAAAUGUUUUGUGUAAGGUUCUAGUUUGUAGCUUAUUCUUAUCUCCGUGCCCCCUCCGGUAGAUCCUCACCUUCUUGUUCUAUGAUUGCUUUCUCGUGAGCCUGCAGUUGUGUGUUGUGCUCAGCCUUGUGUCUUCACUCCAAGUCCCAUGCUGGGCACUAGUGAAAGAGCCUUCCUCUCUUAGUGUGCUGAACUUAGGCUAUGUAGUGGGCUUCAGUGGCCCCUGGAGCAGUCCAAAGUAUCUGCUACCUUGGUUUCCCACUAGAAAAAGGAAUACUAAGAGUAGUGUCUUUUAAGUCCCUGGUGAAGUAAUUGCUCAGACAAUCUCUGCUAGGGCCGGCACAGAUACAGGGAACUAGGCCUCAUGUAGAGCAAGCGCUCACAGUGGGAGGCUCUGUGCAAACUGUCAUGUGUUCUUAAAUACUCAUUUCCAUGGCUCUGGGAAGGGAAUGCAUGAUACCUAUCCUCCAAGCCUGCCACCAGCUUCUAUACCCAAAGAUAAGUCUCCAGAGAAAAGGCCAUGUGUAGUCAUUUGCCACAGAAAGUGAGGUCUGCAGGGAGAGAUGUAGAACACUUUAGAGUGGAGUACCCUGAAAUGUUCCAGGGUCCCCAGUGGUUGCUACAUACAUAGCAACACAUCUCAGUUUUCUACUUUAUUUCCUGUUCCUAGAUGUUUUCAACAAGUCAGUUAGGAGUAGUAAGUUCUCUCAGGUAUGGUAAUCAGGUGUGUAAAUGAACAGAACAGGUUUCUCCUGGAAUAAAGUCAGAGUACCCAGAGGGAUGCUUGUACUUUUCCCUGUUUUGUGCCUGAAAAUUGUGCUCCAUCCCUUGUGCUAGAUGGGGAUUGGGGCUAAUCAUUCAUUUGUGUGUCUUAAGGGGCAACUAGGUUGUAAAUGCUUAAACUAUCAAACCUCCCACUGUUUUCUAGUUCCUCCUCUUCCUAUCCCCCCUCCAUACUUUACCUUUAGACCAUUUGCCUUUUAAGACUUUGGGUGCUUUUCAGGUGCUGUGUGAAUGCCCUGGCAUUGUCUCCAGGAACUGGCAGGUGGUUCUUUCUGAAUUUAUCAUGAGGUGGAAGUUUUCAACGUUUUGUUGGUUGAAAAUAAGACAGCUACUUGGAAAGGGCUUUCCCUGUUGUGGAGAGGGACUGUUUCAAGGAUUGAAGUAACAGACAGUAAUGAGUUCAAAGUCAGAAGCAAGAGUCAACUCCGAGCUAGAAAGAUCCUAGAGUGAUGCUAGGAUUAUUGAGAAGGGGUUGUUUGCCAUGUGGGAGGGCCUGUCUUAGUCGGCCCAGGGUACAGGCUUCUCACAGGGCCCCAAAUUGCAACUGUGAGACCAAGCCUACGCAACAGGUUUCUAAAGAGAAAGCUCCAUCAAGAGGGACCACUGUGCCUGUUUUCUCUUUCUGGUUUUUUUGUUUUUGUUUGUUUUGUUUUGUGCUACCACAUUUCAGGCAGCAUGGAAGCACCCACCCUUAUAGCUUUCCAAACAGGAAGUAGAAUAUAGGGACUUCAGGUUUGGGGGUUGGGAAGCAUUGCUGAAAAGUGCCUUGGUUGGGAGUGAAGAGGAUAUAGUGUAUCAGGGAAGCCCACAAGUCUCAGAGGGCCAUUGUUUCAUGAAACCACAGAUGAAUUGGGUCUUAUGAAAACAUGAAGCUAGCUGGGUUUUCUUUGGAGGGUGGUAGCCUUUGUAACCCAAGAUGCCCUUUGACUCUUAAUUCUCUUGCCUCUACCUCUUAAGUGCUGGAAUUACAGGGUUGGGCCACCAUGCCUGGGUUCUGAAGAUUCUUACAUUCUUAUGUUGAAAGUAACAUCAGUUCAAGCCCUUGCACAUUUAAGAGAGAAACAGUGCCCCCUUUUGUGUUCAGUCUGGUCCCUCUCCACCACCUAGGAACGAUGAGAGCAGAAAUGAAGGCCUGCUAUGCAUUUGGAAGCUAGUGAUGCAUUAACAUUCUUUGACAGAUUGAUGGGGGUAUAGGUUAUACAGCUUAAAGUGUACAACUGUAGAUGAGUUAUGAUGGGUGUCCAUACUCUUAAAGUCAUCCCGUCUGUCACGUCAGUGAACAUUCAGCAUCUUGGUCAAUAACUCCUCCUUUCUUCUCCUCCUAUCCCACCCUUACAACUACUGCUUUCUAUCACUAGUGAUUAAUUUCUGUAUAAAUGGACUUCUACAGUGUGUGUCUGGCCUCUUAGUGCCAUUUUUAGAUGUUUCCAGGUGUUUGUGUGUAUAUCCACACUUCAUAUUUAUCCCAGUGUAUUAAAUGGCCUCUAAUACCUGUUGAUGCCUGUUAAUUAUUAUUUCCAUUCUUUCCAGUUUGAGUCAAAUAAAGCUGCUAUCUGUAUGCACA